CCCCGGCAGACUAGAGCUGCUCACUUGGCUCGCGCCCUCCGGCCGGGAAGCAUGGGGCUGUUCAGGAUCGUCUGCGCCUUCUUGUUAGCCGCCUGCUGCUGUCGCCACGCCGCGGGUGUGCCUGGAGAGGCCGAGCAGCCAGUGCCGGAGCUGGUGGAGGUGGAAGUGGGCAGCACCGCCCUUCUGAAGUGUGGCCCCUCCCAUGCCCAAGGCAACCUCAGCCAUGUGGACUGGUUUUCUGUCUACAAGGAGAAGCCGACCCCCAUCUUCCGCGUGCGCCAGGGCCUGGGCCAGAGUGAACCCGGGGAGUACCAGCACCGGCUCAGCCUCCAGGGCAGAGGGGGUGCUCUGGCCCUGGCUCAAGUCACCCCCCAUGAUGAGCGUGUCUUCCUGUGCCAGAGCAAGCGCCCUCGGUCCCAGGAGCACCGCAUCCAGCUCCGGGUCUACAAAGCUCCGGAGGAGCCAGACAUCCAGGUCAAUGCCUUGGGCAUCCCUGUGAACAGUGAGGAGCCUAAGGAGGUCGCUACCUGUGUGGGAAGGAAUGGGUACCCCAUUCCCCAAGUCAUCUGGUACAAGAACGGUCGGCCUCUGAAGGAGGAGAAAAACCGGGUCCACAUUCAGUCGUUCCAGACCGUGGAGUCAAGUGGUUUGUACACCUUGCAAAGUAUUCUGAAGGCACAGCUAGUUAAGGAAGACAAAGAUUCCCAGUUUUACUGUGAGCUCAACUACCGGCUACCCAGUGGGAACCACAUGAAGGAAUCUAGGGAAGUCACCGUUCCUGUUUUCUACCCCGCAGAAAAAAUAUGGCUGGAAGUGGAGCCUGUGGGAAUGGUGAAGGAAGGAGACCGCGUGGAAAUCAGGUGUUUGACUGAUGGCAACCCUCCACCCCACUUCAUCAUAAGCAAACAGAACCCCAACACCACAGACAUGGAUGAACAGCAAACCAAUGACAAUGGGGUCCUGAUCUUGGAGCCUGCCCAGAAGGAAGACAGUGGGCUCUAUGAAUGUCAAGGCCUGGACUUGGAGACCGUGGCAUCGCUGACGAGUGAACCACAGAAGCUGCUGGUGAACUAUGUGUCCGAUGUCCGAGUGAGUCCCCCAGCCCCUGAAAGCCAGGAAGGUAGAAGCCUCAUCCUGUCCUGUGACGCAGAGAGUAACCAGGCCCUUGAGUUCCAGUGGCUCAGAGAAAAGACAGGCCAGGUGCUGGAAAAAGGGCCUGUGCUCCAGUUACACGACUUGAAACGGGAGGCAGGGGGAGGCUACCGCUGCAUGGCCUCUGUGCCCAGCAUACCUGGCCUGAACCGCACACAGCUGGUCAACGUGGCCAUUUUGGGGCCCCCAUGGAUGGCAUUCAAGAAGAAGAAGGUGUGGGUGAAAGAAAACACUGCGCUGAAUCUAUCUUGUGAAGCAUCCGGACAUCCUCGGCCUGUCAUCUCCUGGAAUGUCAAUGGCACAGCAAGCGAACAGGAACAAGAUCCGCAGCGUGUCCUGAGCACCCUGAAUGUCUUUGUGACCCCAGAGCUGCUGGAGACAGGCGUGGAAUGCACGGCCUCCAACUCCUUGGGCAGAAACACCACCAUCAUCCUCCUGGAGCUAGUCAAUUUAACCACCCUCACACCUGAUUCCAACAAAGCCACUGGCCUCAGCACUUCCACUGUCAGUCCUCAUGCCAGAGCCAACAGCACCUCCACAGAGAAGAAGCUUCCAGAGCCCGAGAGCCAGGGCGUGGUCAUCGUGGCUGUGAUUGUGUGCAUCCUGGUCCUGGCCCUGCUGGGCGCCGUCCUCUACUUCUUCUACAAGAAGGGCAAGCUGGCGUGUGGGCGGUCAGGCAAACAGGAGAUCACGCUGCCCCCGUCUCGUAAGAGCGAAUUUGUAGUUGAAGUUAAGUCAGAUAAGCUCCCAGAAGAGAUGGGCCUCCUCCAGGGCAGCAACGGAGACAAGAGGGCUCGAGGAGACCAGGGAGAGAAAUACAUCGAUCUGAGGCAUUAGCUACUGAAUCACGUUCAGCUCCCUUCCCCUGCGUGGAACGCCCCCAGCUCCCUGCUCACUCUUCCCCCAGCCAGCGCCUCCAAGGGACUGCAGAGAAGAUACCUCCUCAGCUUGCCUGCAGACCCCCUUUCAGAGGACCAAUGGGCUAGGGGUGGAGCUGUCCUGAGAACCUCACAUGGCCCUGGAGGCCCCCUUUCCAGGGACCAGUCCACCACAUCUUGGUUAUGUGAAGCUCACUCCAAGGAGGGGGCCUCAGUCUCCCAAGUGGGUAGGAGAGCUCCUGACAGAACAUGUUUUCUCUUUCCACAUAUUAUGGCUGUAAAUACCUGUCUUUAUGCCAGCAGCUGAGCUGGAUAGCCUCUGUGAGCUGGUUCCCUGCCCCAAAGGCUGGCUUCAGUAACCCAUUCCCACCACUGGAGCAAGAAGGCACACGAGCCCAGCACUUGCCCAUGGUCAAUGUUGUCACACUGGCUCUGCAGAGUAUCUAAUCUAGAAGCACCUACAGUGUCACUGCUGCCACCUUCAUUGAGUCUCGGUUGUGACACUUUUCUUUGGACAGAAGCCAGGACCUGGUGACAUUCCUUAAAAGAUACGUCCUUGCAGUGAGGCAACCAGGCACUGUUUUUGAGUCAAGGCAAACGAGCCUAAGUGGUGGGGAUAAGAGAAAGAUGAAGUCCAGAGUGUCCUUUAUGGGGAAUGAGGCCACAGUUACAUUCGCACCCAACUUCUACAAACCGAGCUAGGGGGCCCAGACUCUGGAAGGGCCCAUAUGGCAGAAUGGUACUUAGGGAUGAGAAACAGGGGCCUGGCUAGAGCUUUGGGGUGAGUAUGUAAGCGCACAUAUGUGUGUCUGUGUAUAUAUAUGGUUUUGUUAGGUUAUGUGUAAAUUUGCAAAUCGUUUCCUUUUUAUAUAUAUAUGAAAAAUAAAGCUUAAUUGUCCCAGAAA